AUUUUGAUAGUGACACCUGUAACGCAUUCGAAUUGUUGCUACCCUGAAACCUAGUUUCUCAUAUUGUCUUAGCCAUGUGCCAUUUUCACUAUGAAUUGCAUUCGAAGGUUUUUUAUGGCUAAACACGAUAGAUCCAUGUGUUAUUAGUUUCUUCAGAAAAGACUCAUCUUCCUUUUUACACGCAACACACAGCGUGCCUUUAUGCCGGAAGCUAACCUCUCAGUAUUUGCAUCGCACUUUUUAUUCUACACGUAAGACAUUUCCAGCAGUUGGAUUGAGUAGCACAUUCCUUAUUAUUAUUAACAACUAAAAAUUAUGCCUGCAUACUCCUUCGACUACAAGUCCUACAUGACAAACAACCUGUUGGGACAUGACCAGGAUAUUCACUACAAAAUGUCUAAAAAGAUUGCACAAUUGACAAAAGUGGUUUGCAUGUUGAACUCACGUGGUGAGGAUUCUGUUGAUCUACUUAAGGAGACUUCCAAGCAACACGAGAAUGAAAUUAUCAAACUAAAGAGUUCCUAUGAACUGAAACUGAGAGAUUUAGAGCUUAGACUUGAAGAGGAGAAAGGAUUCGGGAACACCAUAGCCUUCUUAGAAAAGAGUAUUAGUGAAAAAGAAUUGGAAAUCAUCAACAUGGAAUCUAAAUGUAGUCAGUUAAUAAAUGAGCAUCAUUUAAAAGAAGAUAUGUUGAGAGUAAAACAUAGUGAAGAAAUAAUUAAACUACAACAGACUAUUGCUGAGCAUAAAGAAAAAUAUGAAAAAGAAUUAAAUACAAUUCAAUGCCUUGCUGAACAGUGGAAAUCUCACCAAUGUCCAAACACAGAACCGAUUCUUAACGAGAAAUUGCAACUGGAAUGUGAAUUUCAAAGAUUACAAGAGAAGUAUUCAUCAUUAGAAACGGAAGUAGAAGAUAGAAUCAAAGUUCUUACAGAUUCGUAUGAAUGUAAAAUUCAAGAACUUAUCAAAAAUAUUAAAGAUGAAGAAAAUAGAAAAGAAAAUGAACUAUUAGAAAUCAAUAAAAAACUUUUACAAGACUUAAAAAAUCAACAAUAUAUCUAUGAUCAAUCAAUUAUUAGAAAUAAUGAAGAAAAAAAUGAAUUAAGCAAUUUUAUAAAACAUAAUACAGAAAUUCAUUUAAACAAUAUUUGGCAAGGUCGAUUAAAUCAAGAAAGAGAAGAAUUUCAAAUAGAAUUAUCAAAAUUACAUAAAUUAAAUGAAGAAAUCAAGUAUAAUUUAGAGAAUCAUAUUGAAAGUUCAAAAUUAAAAUAUGAUAAACUUAAUACAGAAUAUAUAAAUUAUCAAAAGGAAACAAAAUUAGAAUAUGAAAAAUUUCAUAGAAAAAUUAUUGAUUUACAAUUAAUUGAAGAUAAUUUAAAGAAAGAAUUAAUUAUAAAAAAUGAUGAACAAAUGAAUUUAGAAAAAGAAAGGAAUAUGAAAUAUUUACAAUUAAAAAAAGAAUAUGAUGAAUGUUUGGAAAAAAUAAAGAUAACUGAAGCUCAAUUAGAAUCCAAAAACGAAAAUCAGCUUGACAAACAAAACUUAAUUUUAAACUCCAAAUAUGAAGAUGUUCAACUGAAAUUAAAAGAAUCAAGAAAGUUAAUAAAAGUCUUAGAAAAUAAAUCACAACUGCUAAGAAAGCAACUUUCUUCUGAAAAAUCCAACUUAAUUCAUUUAAAGGAGAAUUUCACAGUCAAAUUACGAAAUUUAAAAGGGGUAUUUGAAAGUUCUCUAUUGAAUAUUGAACAAAUGAAAAUGAAUUUAUCUCAUGUUACUAUGCUUUUAAAACAAGAAAUAAAAAUAAAAUAUGAAAAUUUAUUAAAUCAGAAAAUGAUUGAUUUACGUAAAACAUUAUACAAUGAAAUUGAACAAAAAAUAAAUAAGGAAAAAGAAUCUACUAUUAGAAAUAUUACAAUAGUAAAACAAAAUGAGAUUGAACAACUUCAACAAGUAAAUAAGGAAUUAAAGUUGAAACUUACUAAACAAAAUCAAGAAUAUGAAAAUGAAAUUAUUAAGAUAAAAAGUAAUCUAGAACAAGUAAUUAAUAAACUAACAAAGGAACUUGAAGAAUGUCAACUUACUAACAAACAAAUUGAAUUGAAACUAACAAAUGAAUGUAAAAUGAAGGAAAAUCUAGAGAAACAGUUAGUUAAACUAUCAAAUGAAAUGGAACGAAUGAGGACUGACUACGAAAACUUAUCAAAGCAAGCUAAAGAAAAGAAAAGUUCAAGAUUUACCGAUUUAGUUGCUGAACUUGAUCGUAAAUGGUCUGAAACUGUAGGUCGUGAAUGUGCACGUGUACGUAGUGAAACGAUACAACAGUUUGAAUCGCAAUAUAAAGCAAAAUUAGAAGAAAUCACAAAUAAUUAUGAAAAAACAAUCAUAACUAUGAAUAAACAAUGGGAAAUGAAAAUAGAAGUGAAUAAAAUAGAUCAGUCUAGAAAUAAUAAUGAUCAAGUAACAGAACAGAUAACUAAAAAAAAAUCAAGCGAUCACAUCAAUCAGUUGUCAGAAAACAUAAGAAAAAAUCUUGAUCAAAGUGUUCAAACUGAUGAGGAAUUAAAAAAUAACAAUGAAAUGAAGAAUUUUACAAUUAUUGAUUCGAGUACAGAAACUGAUCAACAAUUAUAUGUUGAACAAAGUAAUUAUCAUAUAAAUGAAAAUGAAAUAGAUCAAAAAACAAAAUAUGAACAGGAAAUUAAACGAAAACAAAUUGAACUGGAAAAAGCUCAAAUCAAUUAUGAUAAAUUACUUGAAGAAUUUAUUCAAUCUCAAACAGAAUUUCAACAGAUACAUGUUAAACUUAAAAGUCAGUUAAAAGAUGAGCAAUUGGCAAAUAAAGAAAAAUUAAGUUUAAAAGAAGAGGAAUUAGAAAAUCAUUUUAAAAAUGAAUUACAAACAAUGAAACAAUUAUAUGAAAAUAUAAGAUCAAAAGAAUAUAAUGAAUUUAUACUUGCUCAAAAUAUUCUUAAAUCUAAAAUACAUGAAUUACAUCAACGUUUAUUAGGAUGCUCUUGUAAAUCAUCAACAAUACUGAAGCAGGUAAAAAAUAGCAGAUUAUCAGCAAAUAGUCAAUUAUUACCAGAGAUUACUAUGAGUAAUAAACAAAAUUUUAUUUUUGAUACUUCAUCCUCUUCAUCCUUAUCGUCAUUACCAGUGACAGGAACUCUGUCAGAACAAAAAUUUGUUUAUAAUCAUGAUUAUAAUCUACUUUCUGAUCAACUAUCUUCACAAAUUAAUGAAAAUCAUCAUUUCGUAAAUGAAAAUAAAGAGAAGUUUCAUUUGCCUACAUUAACUACCUAA